AUUUAUUUAAUAAUUAAGUGAUUGAAAAAUAAAGUUUUAAUCUGAAAUUUUCAGAGACCUGUGUCUCUGCGGAGAGUAUUUUAGAUACCCACAGACACGCACGUGUCACUUAUCUAGAGGUUACGAUUUUUUUUCUAUCUCUUUGCUUCUCUCUCUCUCUUUCGAUUCCAACAGAAACACGAAUCGAUCAAAAAUAGGAAGCUAUGCAAUCUCAUCAGCAACCUUGUAUCUCUUGUACUACUUUCAAUAUCCUUGCUCCCAUCUAUAAACGUCUCUCUCCCAAGGAUCAGAGUCUUCGUGAAAGUGAUAAUCGAACGUAUUGGCUUGGAAGGAAUCAUAGAAUCAUUGAUUGGUUAUUAUAUGAGAGGUCUUCCAUCAUUUGUUUACAGGAGUUUUGGGUAGGGAACGAAGAGCUUGUUAAUAUGUAUGAGAAGAGACUUGGUGACGCUGGUUAUCUCAGUUACAAGCUUGGCCGUACUAAUAACCGUGGCGAUGAAUCUUAUCAGAAGGAAGGAGGAAGAAGAGAAGAUGCAGAGCUUAACAUCAAACGAAGUUGCGGGUUUAGUGGUUGGAGCUCUGCUUAUCGGUGCCACCAUCGCUGUUUCUCAGAGAAGGUUGAUGGAAGUGGGAAGAAGAAGGCAGGUGGGUUUUCUGUUGGCAAGAAGAAAUUGAAAACGAAACUGACUCCAGCUGCUAAAGCUAAAGCUGCUCAAGCUAUGGAGCUAGACAAUUGACAAGGAACCUCAGUUUUCUUUUCACUUGUAUGUAACCCUUUGUUCUACAUUGUCAUCUUUGUCUCUUUAGUUUCGUUUGAAAAAAUCAAGUUGAAGCUAUAAAUGAUCUGAAGGUACUAAUGUUGUAACAUAGUACAGACUCAACAAAACUCAACAUAGAACAAGAAAUCAAUGUUCAGUUUUGUGUGCAGUUUUGUGUUGAGUUUGGAAGACACCCAUAUUUAGGGAUGA